AUGCUGACCAUACGAACUUCGUCACUACUCUUUAUCUGCCCAUCCGGCUAUUGCACAAAGAGGCUCGACUCUUUCCAUGGCGUCGUGGCGCCAGGGUCGCUCCGGAGACCGAGAUGUCGCGUGCGGCAGAGAGGCGCCCUAGACAACGGGGAAGCCGUCUGGCUGGUCGUGUCAACGCACAUAACCCUCUACAUCCAGACCGUGUAUGCCAGUUCUAGUUUGCUAUCGAAAUCGAAAGGCUGCGGCAGCUGGUACGCCACGUUAACUGCUGGUGUGUGGGAAAGAACCGCCUACCGCGUCGUACGCAACUCUAGAGCGGUAUACCGACGCUCGAGCUGGCAAGUGGCGAUGCUGAGGAGUCUAAUGAUCAUGAUUCAACGCAGAGGGGCAAGUGAAAAAGGGGCUGGCCGGGCGGGAAUGCCUUCAUCAUUCGAUUGUUCUGGCAGCAAUUUCGCUACAUAA